CGGGAGUUUAGGUGUAAGGUGUGAUACAAAGGGGCAUUGUUUUGUGUGCAUUUACUUUUAUGGCUUUGAGAGAGACACCAUCAUUUGAAGGUGAGUAUGAGAUUUUGAUAUAAGAUACCCUCCCACCAGAAACCCUAGUUUGACGAGUUCAUUUUUGUUGAUAUAAUUCUUAUUAGUUAUAAUAUGUACUUUAAAAGAGGGACUGAAAUCUCAGCAGGUUUCUGGUUAUUUAUUUAUUAUUAAAAAAUAUUUCUGGCAUGUCAUUUCUCAAUGUUGCUGUUAGGUUUUGCUCUGUCACGCUGUGGUUGCAGCUCUCUGUGGGACACGUGUUUACAGACUGAAGAAUCAACGAUUGGCCUCAUGUUUUAGUUUAGAAAAAAGUGAAACCAAUUGUCGUUUUUCUGGGUCAUUGUGUGUUAUAAUUUAGAGUUUCUGCAGUUUUUCCAAGUACUAAGAUUCUUAAACACCUUUUGCUCUCCUUUGUAAGAUGACUACAUUAUUAUAUUUUGUUAAUCACUGAUAAUAAAGGUAGACCUUUGACAGUAAGAAAAAACUGGACUCCCCCCCCCCCCAUAUUUCACCACAUUUUGACGUGAAAAAUUUCUAGAAGUUAAAAAGAAAAACAAGCCUAAUAAUUUGAUCAUUAAAAGCAGCUCUGCUGUCCACAGUUUUCUUGUGUUAGAAACACUAAAGCAGAACUCAAACUGUUGUGCAAUAUUUGCAGCACUGAUACACAUUCACAUCUUACAAAUCUUAAUGCAACAUAUCCUGUUUCCUGCCUCUCUGGUAUUUGUCAGGUUAAGUCAGGUUCACAGAAGUCACACGUCUUCAGCGGCUUUCUCAAUGGAAUCCAACACAACCACCACAAAUCCCGCUGCCUCCUCAUCCUCGCUGAGCAUCUCAGCCCAGGUCGGCAUCGGCAUCUUGACCCUGGCAUUUUUACUGGGCUUUCCAGGAAACCUGUUUGUGGUUUGGUCGGUGUUCUGCCGGGUAAAGAGACGCUCAGUGACAUGUUUGCUGGUGCUGAAUCUGGCUGCUGCAGAUGCUUUUGUGCUGCUCAGCGCUCCUUUUUUCCUGAGAUACCUAGCUGGAGGCAAAGGAUGGGAGUUUGGCUCGGCAGCAUGCAAGGUGGUGCAUUACUUAUCAAGCGUGAACAUGUAUGUGUCCAUCUACCUCAUCUGUCUGAUGAGUAUGGACCGCUGGCUGGCUGUCACAAGGCCUUUUGUUUCCCAGAGAAUAAGAACUAAGCGCUCCCUGCUCUUUCUGCUGCUGGGGGUCUGGGUGUUAGCGUUCCUGCUGUCAGUGCCGAUGCCUUUCUACCGCAGUGUUUUAAAGAAACGCAACCUCAGUUACUGUAUCCCAUACCACUGGCAAAGUGUGGGUCACACUGUCUUCCAGUACAUGUUUGAGACCAUUAUGGGAUGCCUGGUGCCCUUCACUCUCAUCAACACCUGCUACUCCUCCAUCAUCUGCCGCCUGCGAAAUGCCAUGUUCCAACGCAAAGGGCAAAGCAGUCGCCUGAUUCUUCUGAUCAUCUGUGCUUUUGCAGUUUUCUGGCUCCCCUAUCACAUUGUCAACAUGAUAGAGGUGACUGGUUUAUUGUUGGACAGUAAGCCAGUGAUUGGCGCUGCCAAAACAGCCCGUCCCAAUGUCACAGCCUUUGCCUACUUCAGCAGCGCCGUCAACCCCAUCCUCUACGUGUUUGCAGGCAGCUCACACAUCCGCCAGGCUGGGUUCAGCUUCAUGGGCAAGCUCUUCGAGGCUACCAACUCAGAGAGCAGAAGCACAUCUUUUUCCCGCAGCGGACGCAGCAGCUCGUCACGGGAUGAGAGCUCCGUCCUGCACACACUCUCUGUCAAGCUGGGAAAACCUUUCAAAGGCAAGAACAAGGGGAGGAGCAGGAGUGUGGUGGAGCAGGAGAUUGACGAGCCUGAACUCAAGACACUGGCAAGCAUUGAGCAGAUAGGGUAGUACUUAAUAUAUUUUGAAUUGACUGAAUUUAUGCAGACAUAUUUUUUCUAACUUUUACUAUUUACUAUUAUUAUGUACUAUUAUUAUUUUGAAUACUUAAACUAUGAAAUGUGAAUGCAAUGAGAUCAAAUAAUAAGCAGUAGCACUGGAUUACAUGCUUGAGUUCUUGUGAAACGCUGUGAAGAGAAUCUGAAUUCAGGACAGAAAUGGCAGACUCUGCCAUUAAUAAUGGAACCCAAUGUAUGGUGAGGUAAAUAUGAAAGAAUGUAAAUACAUUAAUUUGGUUUGCUGUAACAAAUCACAGCAUACUGUAGCAUCAAAGAUAGGAUGUGAUUUAAUGAGGGUAGAAGAAUUAUGAGCUGUCCGAAAGAUAAACAACUCCAGUUUUGCAGAAAAGAAAUAUAUAUUAUUUAUGUAUUAAAGGAACACUUUUCAAAGGAAAGGAAAUUUCAUUGCAGCAACUUGAAUGGUACUCAGUAUGUCCCCCAUGUGCUUAUAUGCAUGCGUGAUGAAGUUGGGGGUGCAACCUGGUGGCGUCAGAUGGAUCAAAACAUAAUGUCCCAGACGUGUUUUAUUGGAUUUGGGUCGGGCGAGUGUGAGGGCCAGUCAAUGGUAUCAAUUCCUUCCUCCAGGAACUGCCUGCACAUGAGGCUGGGUAUUGCUGUGCACCAGGAGGAACCCAGGAUCCACUGCACCAGUG